AUUCUCUGUCCCCAAGUUGUUGCUCGCCAAGGAGAAUGUAUGUUCCUUACCUUCUAUUAGCAACAGUCUGACAAACCUGAUCAACAUCAGACGGCGUAGUAACAUCAGGGAUAAUGGUCGUUCUACAGGAGUCAAAGUUGCUUUUACUAUUUCACAGCUGUGCCUUUUGGGCAGGCGUGCUAGCAAUAAGGUCGGGGAAAAAAUUUGAUUGUUGAUCCUGUUCCUACCAUUUCCAGGUAACUUUCUCUAUCUCUCUAUGACUAUAUCUGGCCUUAACAUGCUUUUACGUGCUCGGAAAGCAAUAUCAGUAAUAACUCAAGCAUCCCUUUCUUUUUGCCCUUUAAGGGAAUGUAAAAGCUUGGUGCUUCAGUGUGUUGAUAAAAUGUAAAAGUUGGUAUUUACAAGCCUAAAGUUAAGCUGAACCCCAGCACACAGACACAUUAAUAUCUCAGAGGCACUCACACAGGGCAGCAGCAGGUUGAGGUUUCCUGCAGCUGCCAUAGCCCAGGAGCGUGCCUCCGAUUUGAUUUGUUGGACCAACUCGUAGAUGUCUGGGUGCUCCUCAUCAAAGGUGCUAUGAGGAAAGGAACAGAUAUCAAGUCUAGACUUUAGCUUCAGGUUGCCUCAUACACCAUCAUGUCGUUGUAUGGCUUUCUUAUUAAAUUUCUGACGGAACUGGCUUUGUCAGCAAUUUGUAUGGUGAUUGAAGUGUAUUGCACCGCCCUUUGAAUCUAAUGCCCUCAUUUGGACCAUAAUGGGCAACGUACACUUCAUACGUCACAACAGAUGAUCUCAUUAUUAACUAUCCCACCAAACCGCUCCACAGAACUGCCGUUAAUCAUUGGUCAGGGAGGAUGUGUAUUCUCAAAGGACCCGUAUCUAACGCAUUUGCUUGUAGAUCCUUCUUAUGUUCACGCUGAGACAUCCAACUUUAAUCCUUCAUUUUUGGCCUCCACUAACCUGAGGUCGUCACAUGUGAGUAAGAAGUCUUUGCAUUAAGUUUUGAAAUGAGGUUAUCCCUAGUGCUUGACACGAAAGAGGUCAACAUAGAGGAGAGAAAGGCGCAUUCCUAUUCGGUCAUUAAAGCCCACAAAGAAUUCUUGGUAUGCUUUACCUCUUAUUCUCUAUUAGAAUGAAUGGUACGCAUGCUUCCCACUGGAUAUCCAUGCUUUAUGCCUCUCUCUCCUCUGAAAGUUGGAAGGCCCCCCAUCCUUGUAUGCAUCCAGGGUGAUUCAUUGUCAGGCGUUAUAGCUCCUGGUAUCUGGUCUUGGUUUUCUAAAGGAUGUUGUAGCAAAUAAGGGACAGUUUUUUUGGGGCUGAGGGCUGGCUGUGGAAAUAAGCUGCCCCCUAGCCAGCUUAUUCUAGAAGCUCAACCUAAAAUUUUAUUUUAGAAGAUCAAGUUAUCAGAUAAUCAACAAUUUUAUCUCUAGAAUGAAUUUGAUAUUUCAACCAAGUAUCAUUUAGUACCAGAACUAUUGCUGAUUCUGGAAGAAAAAAAUAUUCCUUCCUUAGUCCUUACCUACCUUUUUUACGUGUAUAAUACAAGCUGUGUCAUCAUAAGCUUUUUGUUGCUUUGCAGAAAGGGCCUUUGAUUUUAUAAGUUGUUAAGCAAUUACGUAAAGAAAAGGAGUCUGCUAUGACUUUCCCUUUUUUUACAAACAUCCCUUUUUAUCAGGAUUACAUCUCCCUAACCAAAUACAGAUACCAGUCUGCUGAUGGUGAUUGUUAUUUAAGGGUAUUUCCCCCCAACGGUUCAACUUGAGCCUCUUAAUUCAAUCUGGGAACCAGUAUUUAUGUGUGCAGAUCAGAUGAUAAUACACUGGGGUGUUUUAUAAAGAAUAGGAUGGAAGCAGAUGCUUUAAGCCGCCAGUCUGCAAGUUUAUCGCUUAAGAGGUUGCAGAUCUCCAAAUUGCAUGUUUCUUUUUCAAACGUUAGAGCAUGUCCAGAUGCUGCUUCACUGGAGUUGGAUCCAUCAACAGCCAAGUAUAUUUCAUGGACGAACAUGCACCUGAGAUUCCAGUUGGUUAUAGCAGUUCCGCCACUUCACCAGCCAGCAGCGUCUGGGAGAGUCACCAGAUCCUACACAUGCAUGCACCCUUCCCCUCAUGGAGCCCCCACACCGGCACACUCCUUACCGCCGCUGCCACUGACCCGGCAACCUUCUGCGAGGAUCCCUUGUCACCAGCCCGCACACACCUUCCAAGCGGGCAUCUAUGGAACCUGACUGACCUUAGCAUGGGAGUUCAUGGGAGCAGCAACGAGCUUGGCGGGAGCAGUGGCCAUGGAAAGGACUUCCUUUCCUUGCUCGAAGCGAGGACGGUGAUGCCAGAAAUGCUCGAUGAUUUCUCCUCGGCGGCAUGCGACUACCUCAAAGGGAUGGACGGCAGCGACUACAACAGCAUCUCCGGAUCAGCUUCCUAUGGUUUUGACAGUGGCGGUCCGUACGCUGGCCCCAGUGUUCUGCCCGUCAGGCGUGAUGGGAUUGCGAGCUCUCCACCGGUGUACCUCGGGAACAGUACCUUGGUGCAAGAGAGCAUGAUGGGUUGCAUGCCAAGCCACAACCACGAGGUAAAACUAGAUGGUUCCCAGCAGCAGGAGCUUGGAGCUCCCAUGAAUGCAUUCCUGCACAAAACGCUUCCUACUAGUGUUGCAAUUCAUGGAAGCCCUCUGGGUUAUUCUGGCUCUGGGAGCGAAAGGGCUUUCCCGGAGGGCCGAGUAAUGCAGGUUUCGUUUGAUGCUAGGAUUUCACCAGAUGCAAUCUAUGCUAGUGGUUACAGAUCAAAAACAGAAUUGGCACAUACCAAUCAGUAUGAGCAACGUACUAUUUUGGCAAGGACUGGUACAGGUCAAAGUGGUGCUGCAGGUGAUCCUAAGAAGAGAAAAUCAGAGGAAAAGUUGGCAGGCAACGGAAAGAGGUCGAAGAAAGAUACUUCAAGUAGAUCACCUCCCAAGGCAGAAGUGCCUGAUAUGAAGUUGGGAGAGAGAGACAAGAUCAUAGCAUUGCAGCAGAUCAUCUCACCGUAUGGGAAGACGGAUAGAGCAUCAGUGUUGUAUGAAACCAUCAAGCACAUCGAAUAUCUACAUGAGCAAAUACAGCUAUUGAGUGAACCCUACAUGAAGAAUAGCACAAACGAGGUGCCCUUUCAAUGGGGAGGUAAAGAAGAGGACUUGAGAGGCAGAGGGCUUUGCUUGGUCCCUGUUUCUUGCACCCCGCAAGUUUUCCAGGAUAAUAGCCUGCCGGACUGCUGGACGCCGGUGUACAAGAGCUCCCGGUACCAAUGAUCCCAGCAAUCGCAUGUUUCCUUUAUCACCUCUACUUGUCAUGCUCACGAAUUGGUUGGGGUGUUUACGACUUUACGGGUAGUCGGUUAUUUUGCUUGUGUUCUCCUUGUUUUUACUUUACUAUACUAGUUUUGUUUCGGGUGUAUUGUAUGGUGGCCGAUGUGUAGUCUAGAAUAACAAAGUUGUGGGUCUUAGAUCUUUGACUUUGUACGAAAACGGUGCCGAUGCAGGCUUAGCACUCGCUAAUAGGAGAACAGUAUAACUAUUUCUGUCUUUUGAAGGUUGAACCGCACUGCUUGUACUUGAUAUUUC